GGCUGGAGAGUUCCGGCCUCGUCGGGUACGACGUCGGAGAAGGGGGAGAAAGAGGCGGCGGCUCCGCCCACUGCCUCCCUCCUUCCGAGCUGCUUCCCUUCCCCGGGGGCGUCGCGCGGCGGACUGGAGCCCUCCCGCUGUAGGGGCGCUCGCGUGAAUGGCCGGGCGCCUUGCAGGGCAUGGCGGGGGCGUCAAUCGGGCCCCCCUGCUCGUGGCUUGAAAAGAGGCGGGGACGGCGGCAGCCCCACCACUAGCACCGCGGUGGCCCCGCUCCGAAAAGAGGAGAAGCGGCCCCGUGGAAGGAGGCAACUCGGGGCAAGGGAGGCGGGUUGCAGCAGCUGUAGCAGCUGCUCCUGCUCCUCCUCCUCUGUAGCCGGGCCCGUGGAGAGCGCCGAAGGAAGCAGCUCUGGCCCCGCUGGCUGGUCUUAGUGCUUGAAGCCCCCGGAGGCGUCGGCCUGAUGGCUGCGGGACCCCCUCCCGGCUGAGCGCCUGCGACGGCCUCGGGAUCGGCGCCCCUGCUGCUAGGCAGGAGGCGCGCUCCGCUCGGAGGGGAGGGAAGGGCUCCAGCGCAGCGCGCCCCCGUCCGCCUGUCUGUCCGUCGGUCCCGUCGUGCACGAGCCGGGCGCUCCCGCCGUGCCGCCAUCUUCCUCUGUCUGUCUGUCUGCCAGCCCGGGCGGCCCUUUGUCCUCCUGCAGCGCUGCUGGGCGAGCCCAGGCCGGGCGACGGUUUCAGGUGCGCCCCCCCUGGGGGGGGGAACCAUGUCCCGUCGGAAACAGACCACCCCCAAUAAAGUCCACUGUCAUGUUGGAAAGGAUGCGAAGGGACGGAUUGGUCAGGCCACAGUUGCUUUGCAGGAAGGGUUUGGGGAAAGCUGUUUUGGGGAAUGGAGCCCAGGCAUUAGUCCCAUUCUGGGCCAUCUUCAGGGGAGCAAGUCUUUGCUGGGUUAGAAGAGCACACACGUCAGGCCAUGAUGAGAAGAGACUUCCCUGGGCUGCUUGGAGCCCAGUCACCACUCAUGCAGCAGCUGGCACCCCCGCCACAAGAAAAGGACUCCAGCAGCAGCAGUAGCAGCAGCAGCAACAGUGAUAGCGAGGGGGAUGAGACAACACAAGAUGAGGUCUCCUCCCAUGCUUCUGAGGAGGAUGGAGCAUCAGCGACAGUGAAAAAGGAACUGGAACUUACUGAGCAGCUGGGCUGCAGCAAGCAGGUUGCUCGAGGCCAUGAGAUGGGUUUAAAUGCCAGCCCAGAUACCCUGAUGGGACUCUCCCGUUGUCCCCUCUGCCAACUAGAGUGUGGAAGCAGGGAGCAGCUUGUCACUCACGUCUAUCAGCACACGGCAGCUGUGGUCAGUGCCAAGAGCUACCUGUGUCCCGUCUGUGGCCGAGCACUCAGCUCCCCGGGCUCCUUGGGCAGGCACCUCCUCAUCCACUCCGAGGACCAGCUGUCCAACUGUGCGGUGUGUGGGGCUCGCUUCACCAGCCAUGCUACUUUCAACAGUGAGAAGGUGUCAGAGGUGCUGUGUGGAGAUGCCCUGCCCAUUCCCCUCCCUGAGGCUUCUUCUGGUGCCGAGGAAAAGGCAGGUGGUGGUGGUGGUGGUGCUGCUGCUGCUGCUACUGUCAGCCCCACAGUGUAUCCUGCUGGCAUCCUCCUGGUGUGCAACAGCUGUGUGGCCUACCGCAAGCUUCUGGAAGCUCAAGCUCCAGGGGUUCGCAAAUGGGCCUUGCGAAGGCAGAACGAGCCCUUGGAGGUGCGGCUGCAGCGCCUGGAGCGAGAGCGCACAGCUAAGAAGAGCCGUCGAGACAACGAGACACCGGAGGAGCGUGAGGUGAGGCGCAUGAGGGAUCGAGAGGCCAAGCGGAUGCAGCGGAUGCAGGAGACAGACGAGCAGCGUGCGCGCCGCCUGCAGAGGGACCGUGAAGCGAUGCGCCUCAAGCGGGCCAACGAGACCCCUGAGAAGCGGCAGGCUCGGCUCAUUCGGGAGCGCGAAGCCAAGAGGCUAAAGCGGCGGCUGGAGAAAAUGGACAUGAUGCUGCGGGCUCAGUUUGGCCAGGACCCCUCGGCCAUGGCUGCACUGGCAGCCGAGAUGAACUUCUUCCCACUGCCAGUGGGUGGGCUAGAGCUUGAGGGGCAGCUGCUUGGUAAAAUGGCCUUUGAGGAGCCAAGUCCCAGUGCGCUGCACUGAGGAGGGUAAAAAGGAGAACCUGCUCUUGUCUGCUGAGGCCCCACUUGCUCCACCAGUGAAGCAUGGAACUGGAGUGUGACAACGGUCUGGGGGGGGGCAAGGAGGGAGAAAGGGGUGGGCGCACUGGCUGUGAUCAGAAAUAAAUUAAUUGUACAUGUCCCCAGUCUGUGCCUCGUGGGCUUGGCCGAUUCACUGCAGCAGCUUGAGAGGCAGCUUCUGCUUCUGCCUUGCCUAGCUUGCUUCCUUGUUGGGCAAGAUCCAGCUGGAACUUUGCAGUGCUGUAGCCUGCCCCUUACUACAUCACGCUGGAGCUCUUAAGUGGGGACUAGCAAAGAAGGUGGAGUCCUGAAGAGGGAGGUAUAUAAUACGGCUUGGAGCCUCACAAGUUACGCACAGGGGUGUAUUAGGCCUAAUCAUAGUGGCUGCUAGACUUAGGUACAGUGGCAUCAAAUGGGAGGUUUGUGGAAGAAUUUGACAUUUUGGGGGGAUACAGGUUGGGGGAGUGCUGCUGCUCUUCUUGCCUUUGUGCUUAGAGAGAUGAUGGUGGAAGGAGGCAGUUUCUUCCAGGGAGCACCAGUGAAUGGCAGACUUAUAAACAAAGGCUAGAGCAGGCACCCCCAAACUUUGGCCCUCCAGAUGUUUUGGACUACAAUUCCCAUCAUCCCUGACCACUGGUCCUGUUAGCUAGGGAUCAUGGGAAUUGUAGGCCAAAACAUCUGGAGGGCCGCAGUUUGGGGGUGCCCGGGCUAGAGGAAGACCCUACUGAGGGGUAUAUUUCUUUUCUUGGUCAGCAGCCUGUGUCGUCUCUUGCCCAACUUGCAAACUAGGUGAAAGGGAGAGACUUGGCUACACAAGCGAGGAGAAAUUAUCUCUGUCUUGUUAGCCAAGUCUGUUCUGUCCCAUUAAUCUUAAAUAAUAAAACCUAUGUGCAGCCUGUUAAAUUUUUUACACAACAGAACAGAGCUAAUUGUGCCAGUGUGAAGAUUGCUAAUUGGGGCUUUAGUGACCAUUGUAUGAAUUUAAGGAAGUUUCCUUUAUGAGCUUUGGUGUUUCUGCCAAAGUUUUCUCCAGGAGACAAGUAAGACACAGACACAUCAAAGGAAAAGCUAUUGGCUUAUAAUUAUAUAGAUAUAGAUA